AUGGUUUCAUCACCAUCACCACAAACACCAGGAAGUGAUGAUUAUUUAACACCUAAUGAACAUUUAUCAUUAGCAAGUGCAAGUUUUUCUUACUUAUAUUUAACUAAAAUGGCUCCAUCUUCUCAAUCAUUUACUACUCCAUUAUCUCGACAACCACUAUCUCACCAACAACAACAUCAAAUUGUCGAUCACCCAUUAUUAGCAUAUCCAUCGACAAUAAAUUCACCUGUAAACAUUCCACCGGCUACUACUACAACUAAUUCUUCAGUCGUUCCAAUAUUAUCUAGUCCAUCAUCAAGUAGUGUAUUUGAUGGUUCAAUUGCUCAUGUUUGGAUAUCAUUUCCUGAACCUCUACAUCAUACAUAUUCAACAUCGAAUUCUUCCAAACGAUCACGUACAAGUACAACUAGUGCAAAACAAACUACUACAGCACCUAAAACAUUUUUUUCAUAUACACUUUAUGACUGGAAUUUUCUUUCAGCAUUGUCAUCAACGGUUCUGGGUUGGGUUUGUGUUAUUAAUCGUUUACAAAAACUAGUAGAAAAAUUUCUUCGUAAACGUGAAAAACGUCUUGAUGCUGUGCUAGCUUAUUUACUUGUUGAAACUAAACCUGUAUCAACUUUAUCACAAAGUAAACUUUAUGAUUUAUUAACUCCAAAAACAAAAUAUCUUCUUUCACAUCCUGUUUGUCAACUGGUUACUGAACUUCGUAAACAAUUCAAUCGUAAUACUCAGAUUAAUAUGAAUCUUCAACCAAAUAUUAUACCAGAUUUACAAUUACUUAAACAAGGUAUACGUAUAUCAUGUCGUGAAUGGGCUCAAACAAUUAAACCACAAUCACAUAAAAGUAUUUUUCAACGACCUUCAUCAUCAACAACAACAUCACCUAUUAAUAGUAUAUUAACAACAACUAGUAAUGAUCAAGAACAACCAUCAGCUGUUGUACGAGCACCAACAAUGAUUGAUCAUGUUCAACAUUUAAUUGAACAUGAAUUUGUUACAGCUCAUCCACCUAUUCGAAGACGUACAAUAGUACAAAAUACACGAUCAAAUACAAAGAAUAAAUAUACAACGAUUGAAAUUAAUAAUGAUUUAUCUGAAGGAGAUGGUCAACGUGCAUCAAGUUUUCUAGCGGAUGCUAUGCGACGUUUUGAACCAACAGUUAAUGUAAGCAAUACAAAUGGUAGCAAACGUUUAAGUACUGAUCAUGAUGAAUCAGAUUUUGAAGUUAAUACAAGUGGUAUACGAUUAAAUGAUACACAAAUUAAACGAUCUGAUGUUAAAAUUUUACCAAGUGAAUCUCAAUUAUUAAUCAAUCAUUCUCCAUUAUCACCAUCAUCAGUUGUUCAAUUUCGUUUAUCACAUAUUUAUUAA